UCUAAGUUGACAAAAAAGAGAUGAGUACAUCCCAUGAUUUUUCAAACAAUUAUGUUGUGCUAGUUCCUCAAGGGCUGAGUUUCUAUGAUCUCUUUAAAAUGCUAUGGAGCAAUGAGAUUGAUCAAAUGGGGUUUGUUCAUAGCCAAAAGGAUAGAGAAGAUUAUCUUCAAAACAGAUUGAUGGUUGUGCUUUUCUCUCUUCUCUUUCAAAAACUUCUUCUAUUGUUUAGCAAACUACUUGCCAAACUUGGCUCAAUGGUUGAGUUUUGCCUCAAUUUGGUCUCUUCUAAUGGUGGUCUUCUUAUGCUUCAAGGGAAGAUGGAAAUCCCAAAAGCAGAAUCAGAGAAGUUCAUGUCAUUCAUUGGACAAAUUGACAGAAGAGUUGAACUUGAUAGCAGCAUUAAGAGUGGAGAUUAUAGAUAUUUUUCUUCACUUACUGUUAUGGCCUCAAAGCUUUCCUAUGAGAAUCAUGCCUUUGUUAAAGUCACUGUCCAAGAUCAUUGGAAGAUGGAAUUGAUUGGAUUCUAUCAGUUUUGGAACGAUUUUCAAGAACAUCACACGACGAAUGCUUUCAUUCUUCGAGAUAAGAUAUCAAAUCCAAACAUUAUCGUUGUUGUCUUUAGAGGAACGAAAUUCUUUGAUGCAAAUGCAUGGUGUACAGAUGUUGACCUAUCCUGGUAUGAGUUUGAGGAGAUGGGUGCAAUCCAUGGUGGUUUUAUCAAAUCCCUUGGCUUGCAAAGGAAAACCGGUUGGCCCAAAGAUGUAAAGACCGACCCGGACAGACCGGUGGCUUAUUACUUCAUAAGAGAGAAACUAAAGGAGUUGCUACGGCUGAACCGGCGGGCCAAGUUCAUCAUCACCGGCCAUAGCUUAGGCGGUGCUCUUGCUGCUCUUUUUCCUGCUGUUCUUGCUUUACAUGAAGAAACAUGGCUUUUAAACAGGCUUCAUGGGAUCUACACUUAUGGGCAACCUAGAGUUGGUAAUGACAAGUUCAAAGAUUUCAUGGAAAAGGUGCUACAUAAACAUGGUUGUAGAUACUUCAGAUUUGUUUAUAGUAAUGACAUAGUGACAAGAUUGCCCACAAAUAAUCCAAAUUUCAUGUUCCAACACUUUGGUACCUGCCUCUACUUUAAUAGUUGCUACAAAGGAAAGGAAGUUGAAGAAGAGGCAGUUAAAAACUACUUUUCAUUUGGUGGACUGAUACAACAUUCUUUUGUUGCAUUAUGGGAGCUAAUAAGAAGCUUUUUGAUUCCUUACAUUGAAGGACCAGAGUACACAGAAACUUGGUUGUUGAAAGCAAUUAGACUUAUCAGUGUUGUAUUCCCAUUUAUAUUCCCAGGUCUAGUAGCUCACAAUAUGCAAGAUUAUGUCAAUCUAACUAGGUUGGGAUGUCAAUCUCUCUUUAUCAAUCUUCAAGAUAAUGUUAUCGUUGAAAGUUAUUAUUCGUCAGAUGAAGAUUCGUGUUACGACAUCGAACUUGAACAUGAAGAGGCAAUCUUUUAAAGUUUUACAUGUAACUUUGAUGAUACAUUCUUAUACGUUGUUUAACUACUUAUUGAGAAAGUAAUCAAAUAUAUUUGAAACUAUGUUAUUUAAGAGAAA